AUGACCACGCCGAAGACGAACUGCGCUGGGCCGCAGGAGAAGGAUGGGUCAAAGGACAUGAGCGAUGAGGAGUGGAGGCGUGUCCUCACAGCACAGCAGUACUAUAUUCUGCGCGAGAAGGGCACGGACCCUGUUGGUGGGAAGUAUGACGACGUCUUCGACGAGGGGGAGUACGUGUGCGCCGGGUGCAAGACACCGCUUUACCUGUCUUCCAUGAAAUUCGCCUGCGGCUGUGGCUGGCCUGGGUUUUACGACUGCAUCCCCAAACGGGUGCGCGAGCAGCCGGACAAGGACGGCCGCCGUGUCGAGAUUGUCUGCAACGCGUGCAACAGCCACCUCGGUCACGUCUUCCGUAGGGAGGGCUUCCGCAACCCACCACCGAAUGAGCGGCACUGCGUGAACAGCACCUCCAUCAUACUUCGGCCCACGCAGCAGUCCUAA